GCUCUACCUCUCUGUUGGUCAACUCUGCUCCUGCUCUCUUUUCCUCUCUCGGCCUGCUGCUUUCUCUUCUGCUGUUUUGUGGUGGAUCGUGCUCUUUCUCAUCGUUUGCAAAGUUGGCGUGCUGUCCACCACACGAGGAGACUAUCAUCAGCCACCGCCUACCCCCACGCCUUCACUAUAGCACCCCUCGCCAGAUCCGCUUCCUGGAAGACCAACAACAUGCCCAUAUGAUAUCCAUGAACGACAGAAGUCCAUUUUACUUUUUUUCACUGUCAUCUGCUUCUCUGACUGUCUGAAUCUAUCCUUAUCCACAACCACACAAGCCGAAGCUCUAUCACUCGUCUCCAACACACUUACUCUUCCUCGUCCAUCUUCUUUCUUCUGAUUUAAUCAAAUCAUUGGAUAACAUCUUGCUGCUUCUGCUGCUCGGGGACACAGAAGAAAAAAUGGCUGGAGGAAGUGAUCCAUUUCAGAGAUAUUUUGAGGAAGUGGAUGGUGGUUUAUUGAAGUGCAUUUUUUGUGAGAAGACAUUGGCUGGAAGUACUUCCACUACAAGGAUGAAAUAUCAUCUGGCAAGAGUUCGAGGUGGUGGUGUCAAAAUUUGUGAAAAAGUAUCUCCACAUGUUCAACAAGCAGCGUUUGGUAAGCUUCCUGACAGAAUGCGUGGGAGUAUGCCAAGUUCAAGCAAUAAUAUAAUAGUUACUGCAGAUUCAGAUCCUGCGCAAGAUUUAGAAAUGCAACAACAAGGACAAUCUCCUUUGGAUGAUGGACUGUCAUGGAUGUAUGAGAUGAUUGGGGGAGAGAUUGUGUUUACCGAGGAAAACGCAGCUCUUGGCAUGCAUAUGCCCGAUGCACCUGAGACUGGACUGGGAAUAGAGCCAGCAGUUCAAGCAUUUGAAACGGAUAUGAAUAACUUCACAUCUUCAUUGACGAGGGAUGUUGAGUUAAGCAGUGGUAUAGAGAGUCGGGAAUUGAUGCGGGCUGGUACCGAGAGAGGAAGCUGUUCUAAAAUGCCUGUAGAUAAGAGUGUGCCAAGUUCAAGCAAUAGCGAGGCAAUUAAGGCAGCUUCAACUGCUUUGCGGGGCUUAGAAAUGGAACAAGAAGAACAACCUCUUUCGGAUGAACGAGGACAGAAGGGUUUUCUGAUUGGGGGGGAGACUGAGCUUGUCGAGGAACCUAGAGCUCCUGUCAUUCUUAUGCCAUAUGAACCCGAGACUAGACAAAGAACAGAGCAAGCACAUCAGUCAUUUGAAAUGAACUUGAAUAACAUCUCAUCCUCAUCAAUGAGGGAUUUUGAGUUAAGAAUUGGUAGACUGGCCACGAGUCCGGAAUUGAUGCAGUCUGUUGUUGAGAGACAACCGUCUUCUAAAAGGCCUGUACAUAAGAAACGUAGGACUGGAAGAUAUGUAUUGCCGACAACAAAGCUAGUGGGCCAAGCUAUGGAAAGAAACAUGAAGGAUGUCUGGUCUUGGUUGUUGAAUGAUGAGGUCUCAUGCAUUGGCAUUUGGGGGAUGGGGGGGGUGGGAAAGACAGCUUUGGCUACGCAUAUCCACAAUCAGCUUCAAGAGAAACCAGACAUUUUUCCUCGUGUUUGUUGGAUUUCUGUGCCUCAAGAUUUUAGCGUUCACGCAUUGCAGGAUCUCAUUGCCGAAGCUUUUGGUUUAUAUCUUGGGAAUGGAAAAGAUCUGGUGAAUAGAGCCGGGGAGCUAUGGACAACAUUGAGUGUGACAAAAUGUGUUUUAAUUAUUGAUAAUUUGUGGAAUCAUUUUCCUCUUGAUAAAGUGGGAAUACCUCUUAAAACAGAUGGGUGUAAGCUGAUUCUUACAACUAGAUCAUUGGACACAUGUCGAAAAAUGGAUUGCCGAAAGAUAAUCAAACUGGAGCCUCUUUUUAAGGAUGAGGCUUGGGAUCUGUUCAAAGACAGAUUAGGGCGUGGUGUACUUUAUCCUGAGAUCGCAGAGUCUAUUGUGAAGGAGUGUGAUGGUUUGCCCCUUGGAAUCAUAACAAUGGCUCGAAGCAUGAAGGGAGUGGAUGGUGAAUAUCGUUGGAGAGAUGCAUUGCUAAAACUGAGAAGAUUAGAAGUUGGACCGGGUGAGAUGGAAGCCAAUGUAUUUCGAGUAUUGAAAUUUAGCUAUGCUCAGUUGAACUAUUCAGCACUUCAAGAGUGCUUCUUACGUAUCACACUAUUUCCAAAAGGCAAGAUCAUCUUGAGAGAGGACUUGAUAGAGUAUUUGAUUGACGAGGGGAUAGUCAAAGAAAUGGUGAGAAGGCAUGCACAAUUUGAUAGGGGCCAUACCAUGCUUGAUGAACUUGAAGAGGCCAGCUUAUUAGAAGGUUCCAGGGACGAUGAAGAUUACAGAUAUGUCAAGAUGCAUGAUUUGAUUUGGGAUAUGGCUUGGAAAAUAUUGAACGAAAGUGGGGGGGCUAUGGUUCAAGCAGGUGCACAACUAACAGAAUUACCCGAUGUAAGAUUGUGGAGAGAGGAACUGUUAAGAGCUUCACUCAUGGAAAAUAGAAUCGAGAAUAUUCCAACGGGCUUUUCACCAAUGUGCCCCCGUCUCUCAACAUUAUUGUUAUGCAGAAACUACAAAUUGAAUUUGGUCGAGGAUUCUUUUUUCCAGCACCUCAUCGGACUCAAGGUUCUUGAUCUUUCCGACACAGAUAUAGAGAAGUUGCCGGAAUCUAUUUGUCAUCUGACGAGUCUCGCUGCAUUGUUGCUGGGAUGGUGUGCAAAGCUGAGUUAUGUACCAUCAUUAGCAGAGCUUACGGCAUUGGAGAAGUUGGAUCUCAGUUACACUGGACUUGAAGAUUUGCCCGAGGGAAUGGAAAGGCUGGAAGAUCUCAGGUAUCUUAAUCUUGAUGGAAGUGGGGUGCGUGUUUUACGGUCCGGUAUUUUACCCCAACUCUCAAAAUUACAGUUCCUCAAGCUUCAUCAGAAAUCUGAAGUUGUUCUCUCUGUUAGAGGAGAUGAAGUUUCCAGAUUACAUUGGUUGGAAACUUUGGAAUGCAACUUCCGAGAUCUAGACGAUUUGGGAAAGACAGCUUUGGCUACGCAUAUCCACAAUCAGCUUCAAGAGAAACCAGACAUUUUUCCUCGUGUUUGUUGGAUUUCUGUGCCUCAAGAUUUUAGCGUUCACGCAUUGCAGGAUCUCAUUGCCGAAGCUUUUGGUUUAUAUCUUGAGAAUGGAAAAGAUCUGGUGAAUAGAGCCGGGGAGCUAUGGACAACAUUGAGUUUGACACAAUGUGUUUUAAUUAUUGAUAAUUUGUGGAAUCAUUUUCCUCUUGAUAAAGUGGGAAUACCUCUUAAAACAGAUGGGUGUAAGCUGAUUCUUACAACUAGAUCAUUGGACACAUGUCGAAAAAUGGAUUGCCGAAAGAUAAUCAAACUGGAGCCUCUUUUUAAGGAUGAGGCUUGGGAUCUGUUCAAAGACAGAUUAGGGCGUGUACUUUAUCCUGAGAUCGCAGAGUCUAUUGUGAAGGAGUGUGAUGGUUUGCCCCUUGGAAUCAUAACAAUGGCUCGAAGCAUGAAGGGAGUGGAUGGUGAAUAUCGUUGGAGAGAUGCAUUGCUAAAACUGAGAAGAUUAGAAGUUGGACCGGGUGAGAUGGAAGCCAAUGUAUUUCGAGUAUUGAAAUUUAGCUAUGCUCAGUUGAACUAUUCAGCACUUCAAGAGUGCUUCUUACGUAUCACACUAUUUCCAAAAGGCAAGAUCAUCUUGAGAGAGGACUUGAUAGAGUAUUUGAUUGACGAGGGGAUAGUCAAAGAAAUGGUGAGAAGGCAUGCACAAUUUGAUAGGGGCCAUACCAUGCUUGAUGAACUUGAAGAGGCCAGCUUAUUAGAAGGUUCCAGGGACGAUGAAGAUUACAGAUAUGUCAAGAUGCAUGAUUUGAUUUGGGAUAUGGCUUGGAAAAUAUUGAACGAAAGUGGGGAGGCUAUGGUUCAAGCAGGUGCACAACUAACAGAAUUACCCGAUGUAAGAUUGUGGAGAGAGGAACUGUUAAGAGCUUCACUCAUGGAAAAUAGAAUCGAGAAUAUUCCAACGGGCUUUUCACCAAUGUGCCCCCGUCUCUCAACAUUAUUGUUAUGCAGAAACUACAAAUUGAAUUUGGUCGAGGAUUCUUUUUUCCAGCACCUCAUCAAACUCAAGGUUCUUGAUCUUUCCGACACAGAUAUAGAGAAGUUGCCGGAAUCUAUUUGUCAUCUGACGAGUCUCGCUGCAUUGUUGCUGGGAUGGUGUGCAAAGCUGAGUUAUGUACCAUCAUUAGCAGAGCUUACGGCAUUGAAGAAGUUGAAUCUCAGUUACACUGGACUUGAAGAUUUGCCCGAGGGAAUGGAAAGGCUGCGGGAUCUCAGGUAUCUUAAUCUUGAUGGAAGUGGGGUGCGUGUUUUACGGUCGGGUAUUUUACCCAAACUCUUACACUUAGAGUUCCUCAAGCUUCAUCAGAAACCUGGAGUUGUUCUCUCAGUUAGCGGACAUGAAGUUUCCAGCUUGCAUUGGUUGGAAACUUUGGAAUGCAACUUCCGUGAUCUAGAAGAUUUCCGAUAUUUCCGUAGUAGAUUGAAAUGUUCACUAAUUGCAUGCAAGGUUACUGUAGGACGACCUUGUUUCUCUUCACUCGAAGUUCUAAAUUAUACAAGAUCGAAGUCAGGGUUAAUUAAAGAGGCUUGGUUUUAUGACCUCAUGAUUGACAAUGCAACUUUUCUGUUCCCGGGCUUCAUUACAAAAGCAGUUUUUGUGAGUUGUCAAAACAUGAGAACCUUAUGUCCAUGUUUUUUAUUUGUAGGGUUUGAGAUUCUACACCUUGAUGGUUUGAUAAUCUUAGAAACCCUUUCUGAAGUACCUUCACAGCUAGGUAGUUCUGGUGUCUUCUACAAUAUCAGAGAGAUCGUGAUACAUAAAUGUCAUAGGAUGAAGGUGCUGCUCCCUCCUUGGUUGUUGGAUGCACUCCGAUUAGAAGUGAUUGUAGUUGAAGAUUGUUACAACAUGCAGGAGAUAAUGGGAAGUGGUGAAGUUUUGGUACGUGAAAAGGAGCUUCUCUCUCCUUCUGAUAGUUUUGAUACGACAUUGAGGGUUUUGGUAUUGAAGAAAUUACCGAAUUUGAAUAGCAUUUAUUCUGGAAGUUUUCUAUGCAAUUCUCUUGAAGAAAUUACUGUGGGUGAUUGCCCGCAGCUAACGAGGAUCCCGUUCAGUAUUUCCCAUUCUCUUAAGAAAAUUGAAGUAGAUCCUGAAAGUUUGUUGAGCACAGUUGAUCAUGUUUCAUGAUUUCUAGCCAUUUGCUAUUAUUCCGGGGAUGAAAUUAGGAUUUUAUGAUUUCUAGGGAUUGUUUUGUAUUUUGGUAUUGGAACCUUUACCUAAUAGUAAAGGUAUGACGUCAUGCUAUUUAUGU